CUUCUGUGACCCAAAACCCCAUUUAUGACUCCCACGUCAAUAACAAUCAUAAUCAAGUUUGCUCAACUUUUGAUUAAAUUGUCGACUUUGUUUACACAGAUGAUUCCGUUUAACCCAGAAACUUCACCAACCCGGAAUUUUAGCCCAUUCGUCUUCGGCACCCUUUCUUUAUCUUAUUUAUUGUACGAAAUGUUUUUAAAAAGAUUAGAUUAUAAUAGUAUGUAGGUAGUUUACUUUGUUCAGGUCUUCAAGGUUAUAAUAAGCAACCACGAAAACAUUCUUGAUUUGUUUAAUUUUCGGAUUUGAAGCCGUUCCAGUAGCCGAAGACGUCUGUAAUUAUUACAGUUUUAUUUACAAACUAAAAACACCGACUUGGGCAUCCAAGCAUGAAAUUGAUACGAUAAUCCAGAUUGAAUCUUUUUCCAAAAGUGGAACAAGAGAUUAUGUCAGAUAUCGUACAUUUAAUUCGAAUUGUUCUGCCUUAGGAGGCAAGAAAGUGAAAAAACGAGAUUUUAAACUAAUUAAUGCAUUUUCUAAAUCACUUUCGUUUUAUUGUGUUAAUCUGCCCCUCAUCCUUAUCUAAGAUUACGCACAUGCACACUUAUCAGUAAUAAUAAUUCAUUCCAAGCUCUUUAACGUGAUUUAUUUUAUUAUCUUUCUAAUCUUUUCAUCGCUUUCGAAUCCGAUUCUUUAUCCUGAUUCGCGCUCCAAUGAUUCUGGGUAAUAAGAUUUUUUGUCCUGCUGUGAUUACAUUUUUUGCUAAUUAUAGUCAAAUCUGGAGAAAUCGAAAAUGGGGAGAAUGUAAACAUUUUUCCAGCGCACAAUGCCUUUUUAACUGUAGCCGAAACAGUAACCAGUGAAUGUAACGGUCAAUGUUACACUUGCACUUUAAUAUUUAUAAGUGUUACACAACUAGAAAUCAAAAAAUCAAGAUCAGCUCUCAAGAAUUCAGAUAAACUGAUUAGCGAGAAGUAAUUUACGAUUCGUUUUAAGUUGCAAAAAUUUUCAAAUUUGAGUAAUGGCUUAUGAAUAUUGAUGCUAAUCAGCGGUCGAAAACUGGUCCAAUUAAUGCACCGAAAGUAAAAUGAGUUAAAUGCCUUCCAAAUAAGUACGGUGCGGUCGAGCCGCGGUCUAUUUUCCAAUUUCCGUUCGAUUAUUUGAGUCGAGACAAAGCAGCUUUCUAAUUUUUUUCUCGAUUUGAUUGUCUAUCAAGGCUGUUGAAUUCGCAAGUUUGAGAUGAAUAUGACGUCAUCGGGUACAAUAACACUGGUAGAGUCGUAGGAUGGAAAUUAUAGUUUGUUGAAAAAUACCAAAGAAACACUUCGUUCCAAUUUACGGAUCGGAGGAAAUGUAGAAAGUAGCUAAGUAGUUCAUUUAUACGAUUAGAUAACUUCGGUGGCCUUCACCGUUCAUAAUUUUCACUGUUAAUGUUUACAAAUUGACCUAGCCACAUAAAUUUGAGCACAAUGCGGGAAAAGCGAAACCGAACACACGAAUGUUAUCGUCGAGUGGAUUUGUUUUGCAACUUGAAUUGUUUUGUUUUUUCCUCAAUCAAGCCAUAGCGGGAUGAUUAGUCUUACUUACAUAUUUAGUCGCGCUUAGUCAAUCUGCGAUAGUUAAUUAAUUGCCUGAUUACCUCCAGGUAGUGUCGUGUAAACAGACUAUCCGCAUUGUAAUAGUAAGAUUAGUAUUGCUGAUCACGAUCCUGUAGAAACUCUGUUCGCAUCAAUUGUGUGGACAUUCCUUUGUAGCCUUGUUAAUUAUGCUUCCAGAUGUGUAAAGAAAGAAUUGCAAUCAUGAAGAACAUAUAAGUGUCCUAGUUAUGGAAUCAGAAGAAGCGCUCAACUACUACAUUAACGAAGUUAAAGACACUAACAAUGAGAUAGAAAUCGAGGAAGAGCAAGUCCCCAAUGAAGCCGAACAAGCUGCUGACUUUCUGCAAAAGGUCGGUUUAUCCGACUUGACGAAGUUGUACAACCAGGGAAAAGAAAUAACAGAAAAUGUAGUUAGCGAUUCCGUCAGGCAGAAACAUUUGACUGAGAGACAAGCCGAAACUGUUAGGUCUAGAAUCCGGACUUUAAACAAAACACUGCACAGCAGACAGCCAAGGCGGAAACAACGGCAAGACAUUCGAGACGUAGCGUGGAAUGUUGAAACAUCGAGUACCGGUACCAGGUCUAGAAGUGCUACACCAGAUUCACUCGACUCGGUCGGAAUCCUAAACGAUGACCUAACUUCGGACGAAGACCAGCAGUCGUCUUUACCUCCUUUCCCACUUGAAUCUAGUCAACCAGUAUUUAAAGCAAAAGUUAAAUGGACGUCCAGUGAACCGCUCCAGAACAAAAAAUUGAGCCGUGAUAAGGGAGAUGUGGCCCAUCUUGGAUCUGAAAACGUUAUCUUGAAAGGUUACCAGCCGCUGAACGAGUACUCGACCCUCCCGCGACCCCAAAGAGAGCGGAGCGGGAGCGACCCCACAACAGAAGUGCACCUCCAGCCCCUCAAAAACCGGAACAGUUACGAAUGCAAACCGCUCAACCUCCACAACGAAUUCUCCCGCAGCCAGAACAACUGCAGCAAAGUGUACAUAAACGGCGACGAGAACGAAAUCCUGAGCUUCGAGGGGUUGAUGAGGCAAAACAAAGUCAAUCAACUGACGUCCGAAAGCUUCGGUUUGUGCGACCAAGGCAUCGACAUCGACGAAUUCACCGACAGCGAAUACCAGUACUUAAAGCCCCUACUUUACGUAGAGUUAGUCGCUAUAUUCGACCAAUACAAGAUAGUUUUUCUGAAACGGAAGGCCAGUACUAAGUACAAAGGUGGGAACGUCUUCGGCGUUAAUUUGUCGACUCUGGUAAUGCGCGACAUGCAGCGACCGACUGAUAACCUAAUGGUGCCUAAGAUAUUCCAAAGCGUCGUCAACCAACUGAACACUCGCUGCGUGUGCGAGGACGGGAUUUUGAGACUGGCCGGCCAGAAGCAGAAGCUCGAGUUUUUGUGCAACGAGAUCGAGUCGAAAUUUUUCACAAGCAGGCUGGAGGUGGAGACGCUCCUGGCGCAAGCAACGGUGCACGAACUGACCGGGGUUUUGAAAAAGCUCCUCCGGGACUUGCCCGACCCCGUGUUCACCAUGGAGCUGUUCGAUAUGUUCUACAAAACGAGCAUGAUUCCGAACAGCGAGGACAAGUUGAAAGCUUUAAACCUUCUCGUACUCCUCCUGCCGAUCGAGCACCGCAACACCUACAAAUUGCUUCUGCAAUUUCUUUUGAACGUGGUCAAGCAUGAAAAGCAGAACAGGAUGAAUUUACACAACGUCGCGAUGAUUACAGCCCCGUCGUUUUUUCCUGCAAGGCUGCUGCUUCCGAAAGAUAAUAACAGUAAACUGAUUAUGAAGCAACUGUCGCAGGAAGAGUUGGCCAAACAUAUAAACGGCGCUGCGGUUUGUUGCGUCAUUAUGGAGACCAUGUUACGUGCAGGAUUGAAAUUGUGGCUAAUUCCGAGCUACCUGGCUCGGCAAGCGAAGGAAGCACAAAAAAGAGCGCAAGACAAAAAGGACAAUAGUAGAGAUAGAGACAAAAGAAUUCCGUGCGGUAAAACAAAGUUGGUCAGGAGCAGCACUCAGUACGAGCCUGGCCCUAUCAACUCGCCGAGGAUCAAAAAGGACUUGUUUAUCUAGACCCAAGAAUCGAAUUGUAUAACAUAUUCCUCAAUAACGUACCUUAUCAACCCCUUAAUAUCUAGUAAUAUAUUUAAUACUUGGUUUACAAUUCUCUGUGCCAAAAUAAAUUUUAAUUUUUAAUUUUAA